GGGAGAGAGGGCGUAUGAAAGAGCCGAUGAGAAUGGUACAAACCCGAACAGCUCUGUGUGUCACACUCGAAUACAUCGCAUCCACGGCUAUGAUCUACGCGCAGAUCGUCGCUCUCAAGACAAGCGAUAUUACGCGAUAUUACGCAAUAUUCUGAUAGAGAAUGAAUGCGAAGCUGUAUCCAAAAUUCCAAAACGCCCGGUUGGUCUCAUUUAGCUACCAUUAGAGCAUCAACUGGAUUACCAUAAGGGAGCACAGUAGAAACAACGUCUUUACAAUUGAGGAAUAAGAGAUUUUGCUUCAAUAAUUGAAUAAUUUACUUUUCAUCAAAACACAAAUAUUUGUAUGUAUUUGGAGGUGUUUUUCCAAGGACACAUACAUUAAAGCACGGACAGCCGUCAUUAGGUCGACUUGGAUUUGAUCAUAUUGACACUUUAUUAGUUAUCCUGAUGGAAACUGCUUCAAAAGCUCGUCGGCUAUCCAAUGUGUCCACGGCAUCUAACGUGUCCAAUGUGUCCACGUCCAGCGCUGGGACUGAGGUAGGACAGAGCGAUGUGCAGAUUUGGGGGGACAGACCUUUACCUGUCGACUACCUUGGUGACAUCUCGAUCCUGGAUGACGGGAGAUGGUCGAACUCUAGCGUGAAGAAACAUCACCACAAGCACAACCUGAAGCACCGCUACGAACUGCUGGAGACACUGGGGAAAGGGACAUACGGCAAAGUGAAGAAAGCCAUCGAGAGACAAUCCGGCAAAGUGGUGGCCAUUAAGUCCAUCAGGAAGGAGAAGAUCAAGGAUGAUCAGGACAUGGUUCACAUCCGCAGAGAGAUCGAGAUCAUGUCCUCCCUCAAACACCCUCACAUCAUCUCCAUCUACGAAGUGUUUGAGAACAAGGACAAGAUAGUGAUCGUGAUGGAAUACGCCAGUAAGGGAGAGCUGUAUGAUUACAUCAGCGAGCGACGGCGGCUGAGCGAGAGAGAGACACGACACUUCUUCAGGCAGAUUGUUUCUGCCGUGCACCACUGUCACAAGAACGGAGUGGUGCACAGGGAUUUAAAACUGGAAAACGUGCUGCUGGAUGAAAACUGUAAUAUCAAGAUUGCUGACUUUGGUCUGUCCAACCUUUACCACAAAGACGAGCUCCUUCAGACGUUCUGUGGCAGCCCUCUGUACGCCUCACCAGAGAUCGUCAACGGCAGGCCCUACCAUGGUCCAGAGGUAGACAGUUGGGCCCUGGGAGUGCUUCUUUACACCCUGGUCUAUGGGGCCAUGCCCUUCGAUGGGGAAGACCACAAUAAACUAAUCCGCCAGAUCACCAACGGAGAGUACAGGGAACCUACACAGUCCUCAGAUGCUCGUGGUCUGAUCCGCUGGAUGUUGAUGGUUAACCCGGAGCGUCGAGCCACGGUGGAAGACAUCGCCAACCACUGGUGGGUCAAUUGGGGCUGGAAGACCACUGUGUGUGACUGUGACAUCCAGAAGGACAACAGUGGCUGCAUCUCUUCUCCAACGCUAGCACGCUUUAUCGACUGGCAGAACCGCACCACAGAGUCACCCAGGGUGGCGCCAGUCAAGCCUCCCCGCUCUGAACCCCCCGCCGUACCCCCCCACGCUGGCCGCCAGCGCCUGAGGAAGUCCAGGAAGGAGAAUGAUAGUGGAGCGCUCCACCAUCACACCGCGUGGGAAGACAAAGACAAACCAGGACUGAAGAGACCUAAGGGGAUCCUGAAGAUGCAUGUGUCUGAGCAGAGGUCCCACAGCCUGGGGGAGAUCGAGCUGAGUCGCUCCCUGCACUUCCACGAGGGAAGGGAGCUGCCCUCCAGCCCCGAGAGGGAUGAGGAGGAGGACGAUGAUCAGGAUCGCCUGGGGGUCUCGCCGGCCAAGAUGGUGCCCACCCUCCCGAAGAAGGGCAUCCUGAAGAACAACCAGCAGCGGGAGUCUGGCUACUACUCCUCCCCAGAACGCAGUGAGUCCUCUGAACUGCUCGGGGGCAGCACCUCCAUGGCCCCACCCGCCAGCUCACCAACAAAGAGGUCCAUGGGGAGAAAGGGCAUAUUGAAGCGUAAUGGGAAGUACGGCAACUCCACUUCCUUCCACAGUGGCUUGUCCAAUAUGGGCUACCACGGAGAGACUCAGGGGGACUCAGGCCUCUCUCGCAGCCAGAGUAGACCCUCCAGUAUUGUCUGUGAGGAGAUGGGUCUCUCCAGUGUUCCUCCCUUAAUGGGAGUGGAUUGGUCUCCCUCGUCCCCGCAGCCCAACGUCAGGGCCUGUAUGUCGGCUGAGGAUCUACUGCAGCUGGCAGGCUUCAGACGGGGCCUCCAGACGGCUGCAGGGGGGCUCCAUGGGGGGAAGGUGGGGACCCGAGGGACACCAGGGUCUCCUGGGGACGACGGCAGCUUCUCUCUGCUAGGGGACAUGGAUGAUAUGACCCAGGUCUACCAACACGCCCUGGACAUCAGCAGCAAUCUGACCUAGAGGAGGUGGAGUUAGGGGAGUUUGGAAGGGACAUGGGAAGGACAGACACACACUUGAACCCUCAUUUCUGGGUUAGGACUGGCCACGUGUGUUGUGAACUGGGAGUCACAGCCACCUUAAUGUACUGAAUCUACCCUCUCAGAGACAGUGCUGCUGUAGAUGUUUAUAUGUUCAAUAGAGCUAAAUAAGUAUUGUAUUAUAUGUCAGUCAGAGACACAAACCAUGCUGUGGUGAAGCUCAUGGAAAACCUCCAUUAAGUUUCCUAAAGCAUCUUUAGAAGAAGGACUGUCUCUGAAUCCAUGGACUUAUCUCAAUGUAACGGACAGUUAGGACUACUGUUCAUGUUAUCUCAAUGUAAUAGACAGUUAGGACUACUGUUCAUGUUAUCUCAAUGUAACAGACAGUUAGGACUACUGUUCAUGUUAUCUCAAUGUAACAGACAGUUAGGACCACUGUUCAUGUUAUCUCAAUGUAACGGACAGUUAGGACCACUGUUCAUGUUCUCAAUGUAAUGGACAGUUAGGACUACUGUUCAUGUUAUCUCAAUGUAACAGACAGUUAGGACUACUGUUCAUGUUAUCUCAAUGUAACGGACAGUUAGGACUACUGUUCA